AUGAAGCUGUACUUAUGUGUUUUGGUAUCGUUGGUCACCACUUGUUCCGCUGGAUUUAUUGGCUUGGGAGGCAGCUCAGGAGUUGCCAGCCAUAGCGCUGGCUAUGGUGGCGAAAGUUCGCAUUAUUCGCAUGGUAGUGGUCAAUAUUCUGGAAGUGGCGGGCAUAUUUCUGCAGGAAGUGGACAUACUCAGAGCGAUGCUGCUAUAAAAACAAUAAAAAUUAUACAUGAGAGUGCAGGAAACUCAGAUCACGCUGGUUAUUCCAAUUUUGGUAAUACGCCUCAAAGCAAUUAUGGAGUGAAUGACCACAGUGGAGGUACAGAGAUUAAGACUAUUAAGGUAAUACAUCAACAAAGCAGUGGUGGUCAUGGUAAUUAUGGUGGUGAUUAUGGUGGAUCAAGCUUUGCUGAAACUCAUAGCCAUGCAAGUCACACUGGUGGAAGUGGCGAUGUAAAAACUAUUAAAGUUAUACACGAACAAGCAGCUGAUGGUCACAGUGCAAAUUAUGCUAGUGCAGCAAAUGCAGGUUACAGUCACGGCAGUAGUGCUUCUUCAUAUAAUGCACAUAGUGGUAAUGCCGAAGUCAAAACAAUUAAAGUAAUACACCAACAAGCCUCUGGCGGCUUUAGUCAUAGCCAUAGUCAUGGCGGACAUGAUGGACAUAGUAAUGGUGGUGCAGCUGAAGUUAAGACUAUUAAAGUAAUACAUGAGCAUGGGAGCAGUUCCACUACUGGUGGAUAUGCCAAUGGAGACGGUAAUGCAGGUUACAAUUAUGGAACAAGUACUAAUUACGGAAGUCAAAAUAAUGUUGGCGGUGCGGAAAUUAAAACAAUCAAAGUCAUUCAUGAACAAAGUGCUAGAGCUAGUUCUGCUGCUGAAGGAGGUUAUUCUUCCGGAUAUGUUGGUGGUAGUACUGGCACAGGUUUUGCAGUCAAUAGUGGCUACAGUAGUGGUAACGUUCACCCCGCUAAUGCUGAAGUAAAAACCAUCAAAGUGAUACACGAACAAAGUGGCCACGGAAGUUUUGGUGGUUAUGGAGGUGGUGCCAGCACAUUAAAUAAUUAUGGUGGUUCAACCAAUAGUGGUACAGAAACAGUCAAAACUAUUAAAGUCAUACACGAACAUAGUUCUGGUUCAGCUGGAUAUGGUAACAGUGGCCAUUCAAAUGCUGCCAGUUAUGCCAAUAGUGGCGCUUACGCGUCCGCUGUUACGCUUGAACGCUUUAAAGCGAUGAUUGCAGAGCGGCAAUUGCAUUUUCGUAUUAAAAGCCAAACGUAA